AUGGAAAACGCUGUGGGAAUGUUUGCGUCCAUUGUGUAUACGCAAAUCUACAAGGCGACGCUCGGUACGCAGUAUAGUAACGCAAUAUUCUACUUUACUAUGGGCACACAGGCAGUUGUCUUCUUCUUGUCAUUAACCAUGGAGAUUUUAUUAAAAGGACAAACUUUGAAAAGCCAAGUGGAUCAAGAUGAUACCAUUACUGAAAUCAUUUAA